UGGACGCAGGUUUCCUUUACUUCGUUCAAUAAAAAGGAGACGUUUGCUCAGAACAAUAUCAUAUUCGUUGGUUCAAGUUUUUACGAAGGCAAACGAAAAAAACAAGCCUUAUUCCUCUUAACGCUAGAGCUCUUGAACAAAGGAUUUUUUUUUUUUUUUUGUAAUCGGCGAAAAAAAUGCAUUCGGGUCAUGUGCUUCUGGAAGAGCCAAUCAGGAUGGCUUCAAUCCUGGAGCCGUCGAGGGCUAGUUUUUUUCCGGCAAUGACGAAGAUAGUGGGAACUUUAGGUCCGAAGUCUCGAUCCGUGGAGGUUAUUUCUGGUUGCCUUAAAGCUGGAAUGUCUGUGGCUAGGUUCGAUUUCUCGUGGCACGACCCGGAAUAUCAUCAGGAAACUUUAGAAAAUCUGAAGGCUGCCGUUAAGAUCACUAAGAAGCUUUGUGCGGUUAUGUUGGAUACAGUGGGUCCUGAGUUGCAGGUUGUUAAUAAAAGCGAGAAAGCUAUCUCACUUCAGGAAGAUGCUACCGUUAUUUUGACCCCAGAUGAAGGACAAGAGCCCUCUUCAGAAUUAUUGCCAAUCAAUUUUGAUGGACUGUCAAAGGCAGUGAAGAAGGGAGACACUAUUUUUAUUGGUCAGUACCUGUUUACUGGGAGUGAAACCACAUCUGUAUGGCUGGAGGUUGGUGAGGUACAAGGAAAUAAUGUGGUUUGUGUGAUAAAGAACUCUGCAACAUUGACUGGGUCUUUGUUCACUUUGCAUGCCUCUCAAAUUCGUAUUGAGUUGCCUACCCUCUCUGACAAAGACAAGGAGGUUAUAAGUUCUUGGGGAGUUCAAAACAAAAUCGACUUCCUCUCACUAUCAUACACACGACAUGCGGAAGAUGUUCGCCAAGCUCGGGAGUUCCUUUCAAAGUUGGGUGACCUCUAUCAAACACAAAUUUUUGCUAAGAUUGAGAACAUAGAGGGAUUAAACCAUUUUGAUGAGAUCCUACAGGAAGCAGAUGGUAUCAUUCUUUCUCGUGGAAAUUUGGGCAUUGAUCUCCCACCUGAGAAGGUGUUCUUAUUUCAAAAGGCUGCCCUUUACAAGUGUAACAUGGCUGGAAAGCCUGCGGUGGUAACUCGUGUUGUGGACAGUAUGACUGACAACUUGAGGCCAACUCGUGCUGAGGCAACUGAUGUUGCCAAUGCUGUUCUUGAUGGAAGUGAUGCUAUUCUUCUUGGUGCUGAGACCCUGCGUGGAUUGUACCCUGUUGAAACCAUUUCUAUUGUUGGCAAAAUUUGUGCAGAGGCAGAGAAGGUAUUCAACCAGGACCUGUAUUUCAAGAAGACUGUCAAAUAUGUUGGAGAGCCAAUGACCCACUUGGAAUCCAUUGCUUCCUCUGCGGUACGGGCAGCAAUCAAGGUGAAGGCAUCAGUUAUUAUAUGCUUCACAUCCUCAGGGAGGGCUGCAAGAUUGAUUGCAAAGUACAGGCCAACAAUGCCAGUUCUCUCUGUUGUCAUCCCUCGGCUUAAGACAAAUCAAUUGAGGUGGAGCUUCAGUGGGGCCUUUGAGAUGCAGUUAAUAAUGCCUUGCAGUAGUCGUCUAAAAGAAGAAUUUGUGGCAAGGCAAUCCCUCAUUGUCAGAGGUCUUUUCCCUAUGCUUGCUGAUCCACGACAUCCUGCGGAGUCUACAAGCGCAACAAAUGAGUCAGUUUUGAAGGUUGCACUUGACCAUGGGAAGGCUUCAGGAAUUAUAAAGUCACAUGAUCGAGUUGUCGUUUGCCAGAAGGUCGGGGAUGCUUCUGUCGUGAAGAUUAUUGAGCUCGAAGAUUAAAACUAAAACAUUUUUUGUUAAUCUACGAGUAGGAUUUUGAUUUUUGAAAGCUGUGAGUGAACAUUUAUUGCUAGCAACUGCGAGUUAUUGUCUCCAGGUUUUCGUGAAAACAUGGAUUUGAAAUGUUUUAAGAUUAUAUGCACUUAUUCGAUCUGGUAAUUUUUUCUAGCCUAUAAGCGAAAUGAAUGCCCUGGAAAAUAUGCCCCAUGAUCCCUAUUUUCAACUGAUGCGAAGGUGAAGCACAUUUUAGUUCCAUUUGAUUCAAUGGAUUUGAUUUUUUUAUUUUUCUGUUGUCUUGAUUCAGAGCUGAAUAAAGAUGGUGGAUCGGUUGAGACACAGCGGAAUGCCAUGCAUAUUGUUUUUAAUUUUGCUCUCUCAUGCCACUAUUGCUUACUAUUUUCAACCUUCCGUUGUGCGCAUUUAUUCUAAGAGGGCGGGGGGAUUGAUCCCUCUUGGUUAGUCUCGGAGCCUUGUAGGGAUGCAUGCAGAGGAGCUAUAGCGAAACUGUAACGUCAACGCUGUCGUUUUGUUUGUUUUAAAAGUCAGCUGGUUACCUUCUCUGUUCCCGUCUUCUUAGGAAAAAACACGAGACAAACUAUCUGCGCGUGGAAAUGAAAAAAUAAAGGCGCCUCUGUCCACGCAUCAAAAGUAAAAAAGGCAAACAAUUU